CGGGUGACUCGCCCCCGGUCGGUCCACUCCCCGGGCUACAAAAAGCCCGGCUCUUCUCACGCGAGCGCCUGGAGGUAGAGGCCGCCGCUCGUCUUCAGACCGGUCCGGGGGGAGCUCGCGCCGCGCCCGAGGUCGCCAUGGAUCACGAAGGGGACUUCGGUGGAAAAGCAGGGGACUAUAAACUGGGGAAGAAAAGUAAAAAGGAGAAGAAGGAAAAGAAACCAACUGUUAGUACAUUUGCCAUGUUUCGCUAUUCAAAUUGGCUGGACAGGUUGUACAUGGUGCUGGGGACUCUGGCUGCUAUCAUCCAUGGAGCUGCGCUCCCUCUCUUGAUGCUGGUGUUUGGAGACAUGACAGACACCUUUGUAAAUGGAAGUGGCACAAACUCAUCAAAUGCAUCAAGUACAUUAGAUAAAAGUGAAGUCAGUGGACCAGACAAUCUGGAGGAAAAAAUGACCACGUAUGCCUAUUAUUAUUCUGGAAUCGGUGCUGGUGUGCUUAUUGCUGCUUACAUUCAGGUUUCAUUUUGGUGCCUGGCAGCUGGAAGACAGAUACACAAAAUUAGAACACAGUUUUUCCAUGCAAUAAUGAAACAGGAGAUUGGCUGGUUUGAUGUGCAUGAUGCUGGGGAGCUGAACACCCGUCUCACAGAUGAUGUCUCCAAAAUUAAUGAAGGAAUUGGUGACAAAAUUGGAUUGUUCUUUCAAUCAUUGGCAACAUUUUUGACUGGUUUCAUAAUAGGAUUUACACGUGGUUGGAAGCUCACUCUUGUGAUUUUGGCUGUCAGCCCUGUUCUUGGACUAUCAGCUGCAAUCUGGGCAAAGAUACUGUCUUCAUUUACUGAUAAAGAGCUAUCAGCAUAUGCAAAAGCUGGAGCCGUGGCUGAAGAAGCCUUAGCAGCCAUUAGAACUGUGAUUGCAUUUGGAGGACAAAGCAAAGAACUUGAAAGGUACAAUAAAAAUUUAGAAGAAGCUAAAAGAAUUGGAAUAAAGAAAGCCAUCACAUCCAAUAUUUCUAUUGGUGCUGCUUUCCUGCUGAUCUAUGCAUCCUAUGCUCUGGCAUUUUGGUAUGGGACCUCGUUGGUCAUAUCACGGGAAUAUUCUAUUGGACAAGUGCUCACUGUCUUCUUUUCUGUAUUAAUUGGAGCUUUUAGUAUUGGACAGGCAUCUCCGAAUAUUGAAGCAUUUGCAAAUGCAAGAGGAGCAGCUUAUGAAGUCUUCAAGAUAAUUGAUAAUGAGCCACUCAUUGACAGCUUUUCAACAACUGGCCACAAACCUGAGAAUAUUAAGGGAAAUUUGGAAUUUACAAAUAUUCACUUCAGUUACCCCUCCCGCAAAGAAGUCGAGAUCUUGAAGGGCCUCAACCUGAAGGUGCAGAGCGGGCAGACUGUGGCCCUGGUUGGGAACAGCGGCUGUGGGAAGAGUACCACGGUGCAGCUGUUGCAGAGGCUCUACGACCCCACCGAGGGCACGGUCACUAUUGAUGGCCAGGACAUCAGGACCAUAAACGUGAGGUAUCUGCGGGAGAUUAUCGGUGUGGUGAGUCAGGAACCUGUGCUGUUUGCCACCACAAUAGCUGAAAACAUUCGCUAUGGUCGAGAGAAUGUCACCAUGGAAGAGAUUGAGAAAGCUGUCAAGGAAGCUAACGCCUAUGACUUCAUCAUGAAGCUGCCUCAUAAAUUCGACACCCUGGUUGGAGAGAGAGGGGCACAGCUGAGUGGUGGGCAGAAGCAGAGAAUCGCCAUAGCGCGGGCCCUGGUUCGCAACCCCAAGAUCCUGCUGCUGGACGAGGCCACGUCGGCCCUGGACACGGAGAGUGAGGCGGUGGUGCAGGUGGCCCUGGACAAGGCCCGAGAAGGCCGGACCACCAUUGUGAUAGCUCAUCGCCUGUCCACAGUUCGCAACGCCGAUGUCAUUGCUGGGUUUGAGGAUGGAGUCAUUGUGGAGAGAGGAAAUCAUGAGGAACUCAUGAAAGAGAAAGGCAUUUACUACAAACUUGUCAUGAUGCAGACAAGAGGAAAUGAAAUUGAAGUAGAAAAUGAAAUUUUGGAAUCCAAAAAUGAAGUUGAUGGGUUGGGAUCUUUAAAAGAUUCAAGAUCCAGUCUAAGAAGAAGAUCAACUCGCAGCAGUAUGCGUGGAUCACAGGUCCAAGACAGAAGGCUUAAUGCAACAGAUGAGCUGGUUGAAAAUGUACCUCCAGUUUCCUUUUGGAGGAUUCUAAAGCUGAAUUUAACAGAAUGGCCUUAUUUUGUGGUGGGCGUGAUUUGUGCCAUUAUAAACGGAGGCCUGCAACCAGCAUUUGCAGUGAUAUUUUCAAGGAUUAUAGGGAUUUUUGCAAGACCCGAUGAUGUUGAAACAAAACGUCAGAACAGUCAUCUGUUUUCACUGUUGUUUCUAAUCCUUGGAAUUGUCUCUUUUGUUACCUUUUUCCUUCAGGGCUUCACAUUUGGCAAAGCUGGAGAGAUUCUCACCAAGCGGCUACGAUACCUGGUUUUCAGGUCCAUGCUGAGACAGGAUGUGAGCUGGUUUGAUGACCCUAAAAACACCACAGGAGCACUGACUACCAGGCUUGCUAAUGAUGCUGCUCAAGUAAAAGGGGCUAUCGGUGCCAGGCUUGCUGUGAUUACCCAAAAUGUAGCAAAUCUUGGGACAGGAAUUAUUAUUUCCUUCAUCUAUGGCUGGCAGUUGACACUUUUACUCUUGGCAAUUGUUCCCAUCAUUGCCGUAGCAGGAGUCGUUGAGAUGAAAAUGCUGUCUGGUAGUGCAAUCAAAGAUAAGAAAGAGCUGGAAGGUUCUGGGAAGAUCGCUACCGAAGCAAUAGAAAACUUCCGAACCGUCGUGUCUCUGACUCGAGAGGAGAAGUUUGAACACAUGUAUGGGCAGAGCUUGCGGGUGCCAUACAGAAACUCUUUACGGAAAGCACACAUCUUUGGAAUCACCUUUGCCUUCACCCAGGCCAUGAUGUAUUUUUCUUAUGCUGCUUGUUUCCGGUUUGGUGCCUUCUUGGUGGCACGUAAUCACAUGGAGUUUCAAGAUGUUCUGUUGGUAUUUUCAGCCAUCGUCUUUGGUGCCAUGGCAGUCGGGCAGGUCAGUUCAUUUGCCCCUGACUAUGCCAAAGCCAAAGUGUCAGCCUCCCACAUCAUCAUGAUCAUGGAAAAGGUCCCUACCAUUGACAGCUACAGCACAGAAGGCCUGAAGCCGGAUAUGCUGGAAGGAAAUGUGACCUUCAGCAAUGUUGUGUUCAACUAUCCGACCCGACCAGACAUCCCAGUGCUUCAGGGGCUGAACCUGCAGGUGAAGAAGGGCCAGACGCUGGCCUUGGUGGGCAGCAGUGGCUGUGGGAAGAGCACAACAGUCCAGCUUCUGGAGCGGUUCUACAACCCCAUUUCAGGGACAGUGUUUGUGGAUGGCAAAGAAAUACAGCAACUGAAUGUGCAGUGGCUGCGAGCACAGCUGGGCAUCGUGUCCCAGGAGCCCAUCCUGUUUGACUGCAGCAUCGGGGAGAACAUCGCCUAUGGAGACAACAGCCGGACCGUGUCACAGGAGGAGAUCGAGCAGGCAGCCAGGGAGGCCAACAUCCACCAGUUCAUCGAGUCGCUGCCUAACAAAUAUGACACCAGAGUGGGAGACAAAGGAACCCAGCUCUCUGGAGGCCAGAAACAGCGCAUUGCCAUUGCUCGUGCCCUCAUCAGGCAGCCUCGGAUUUUGCUUUUGGAUGAAGCAACAUCAGCUCUGGAUACCGAAAGUGAAAAGGUUGUCCAGGAAGCCCUUGACAAAGCCAGAGAGGGCCGAACCUGCAUCGUGAUUGCUCAUCGCCUCUCCACCAUCCAGAAUGCAGACCUCAUCGUGGUGAUUCAGAACGGCAAGGUCCAGGAGCAUGGCACACACCAGCAGCUGAUCGCCCAGAAAGGCAUCUAUUUCUCCAUGGUCAGGGUCCAGGCUGGAGCAAGGCGCUAGUGAAGCCUGCCUAUAUGGGAUCGUAAAUAUUAAAUAGUUGUGUUUAAAUAUAAUAUUUGAUCAGAUCAAAAAACAAGAACUUACUGGAUUGGGUAGUUACAUAUUUAACAUUUCCUGCCAUAUUUAAAGAUAAUUUCAAGUGCAGCAUCUUCAGAGACUUUGUAAUUAAAGGAUCAUAAAUAGAACCAUUAUCAAAUGGAGAGUGGAUGGUAGUUUUAAUUGUAUUACAGAAUUCAUAAACGAUUUGAUGUAAUGUGUAAUUUAUGUUUGUAAUAUGAACUAUAACUGACUAUUGGUAAAAAGAUUACAUGAAUAACAAAAUGUACUGUUAUGUUUGCCAAAAGUGCCUACAAUAAAACUACACUUUCAUAUGC